UGGGACGCGGCUCCAGCCCGGGCGGGGGGCGCAGCGACCGGUGGCGGCGGCUGCUGAAGGAGAGAGAGAGCGGGGGUCAUUUACCCGCCACCGCAGAGCAGAGGAUUCUGGCGCAGAGCUGAAUACACCUUCCCCAAGCACUCUGGGUGCUUACUGACAGAAGGACAAAGAACCCCUCGCUAAGGGACUUGUCAUCGUUCGUAGCUCACAGAUUUCAUAUUAGAGGGAGACAUCCAGUUUCACCAUGAAUUUUGAAGGUCUCGACCCUGCCCUUGCGGAGUAUGCACCCGCUCUCCACCCAGCCCUGGAUCCAGUCUUGGACCCUCACCUCAACCCCACCCUGCUGCAGAAUGUGGAGCUGGAUGCGGAGGGGGUGCCGUUGGAGGGCAUUCCGGUGCCGGAGUCGGUGCACAUCAUGGAGGGCAUGUACUCGGAGCUGCACACCGUGGUCUCCGAGGUGGGGGUACCCGUCUCCGUCUCCCAUUUCGAUCUGCACGAAGAGAUGCUCUGGGUGGGGAACCAUGGGGGUCACGCCACCUCGUUCUUCGGCCCAGCCCUGGAGCGCUAUUCCUCCUUCCAGGUGAGCACCAGCGACGACAUCCGUCAGAUCCAGAGCCUGGAGAAUGGCAUCCUCUUCCUGACCAAGACGAACCUCAAGUACAUGUCCCGGGGGGGCCUGAUCAUCUUCGACUACCUCAUGGAUGAGAGCGAGGACGUGCACAGCCUGCUGCUGACAGACAGGAGCACCCUGCUGAUCGGGGGGCUCCAGAACCACGUGAUCGAGAUCGACCUCAACACCGUCCAGGAGACACAGAAGUACACCGUGGAGGUGCCCGGUGUCACCAUCCUGAGGCAGUCCAACCGCUUCUUCUUCUGCGGACACACGACAGGGAAGGUGUCCCUGCGGGAUCUACGCACCUUCGCGGCGGAGCAUGAGUUUGACGCCUACUCAGGCAGCCUGUCGGAUUUCGAUGUCCAUGGCAACCUGCUGGUGACGUGCGGCUUCUCCAGCCGCAUGAACGGCCUGGCCUGCGACCGCUUCCUGAAGGUGUAUGACCUUCGCAUGAUGCGAGCCAUCACCCCGCUGCAGGUCCACGUGGACCCCCUCUUCCUCAAGUUCAUCCCCACCUACACCUCCCGGCUGGCCAUCAUCUCCCAGACAGGGCAGUGCCAGUUCUGCGAGCCCACGGGCCUUGCCAACCCCGCUGACAUCUUCCACGUCAACACGGUGGGGCAGCUGAUCAUGACCUUUGACGUGUCGGCCAGCAAGCAGGCCAUGGUGUUCGGCGACUCGGAGGGCUGUGUCCACCUCUGGGCCGACUCGCCCGAGGUCACCUUCAAUGCCUACUCCCGGGAGACCGACUUUGCCCUGCCCUGCAUGGUAGACACCCUGCCUCACCUGGACUGGAACCAGGACCUCAUGCCCCUUUCUCUGAUCCCCGUGCCGCUGACCAGCGAGACGCUGCUGUCAGACUGGCCUGCUGCCAACUCUGCCCCUGCGCCCAGGCGGGCCCCGCCUGUAGACCCCGAGAUCCUGCGCAGCAUGAAGAAAGUGGGCUUCAUUGGCUACGCGCCAAACCCAAGGACCAAGCUCCGGAACCAGAUCCCGUAUCGGCUGAAAGAGCUGGACAACGAGUUCGACAGUUUCAGCCAGGUCCCUGAAUCCCCAAUUGGCCGGGAAGAGGAACCUCACCUCUACAUGGUGGCAAAGAAGUACAGGAAGGUCACAAUCAAGUACUCGAAGCUGGGCCUGGAGGACUUUGACUUCAAACAUUACAACAAGACCCUGUUUGCUGGCCUGGAGCCCCACAUUCCCAACGCCUACUGCAACUGCAUGAUCCAGGUGCUGUAUUUCCUGGAGCCCGUCCGCUGCCUGGUCCAGAACCACCUGUGCCAGAAGGAGUUCUGCCUGGGCUGUGAACUGGGCUUUCUCUUCCACAUGCUGGACUUGUCCCGGGGGGACCCGUGCCAGGGAAGCAACUUCCUGCGUGCCUUCCGCACCAUCCCAGAGGCAUCCGCCCUGGGGCUGAUCCUGGCCGACUCCGAUGAGGCCACGGGCAAAGUGAACCUGGGCCGGUUGAUCCAGAGCUGGAACCGCUUUAUCCUGACUCAGCUUCACCAGGAGACCCAGGAGCAGGAGGGACCGCAGGCCUAUCGGGGUGUUGGCAGCAGCAGCUUUGGGUCUUCAGGGGACUCGGUCAUCGGGCAGCUCUUCAGCUGCGAGGUGGAGAACUGCAGCAUGUGCCGCUGCGGCAAGGAGACGGUGCGAGUCUCCUCCACGCUGCUCUUCACCCUCUCCUACCCCGAGAGCAACGAUAAAACCAGAGAUUAUGAGUUUGCCCAGAUCUUAAAGAGGAGCAUCUGUCUGGAGCAGAACACCCAGGCCUGGUGUGAGAACUGUGAGAAGUACCAGCCCACGAUCCAAACCCGGAACAUCCGCUGCUUGCCUGAUGUCUUAGUCAUUAACUGCGAAGUGAACAGCUCCAAGGAGGCAGAUUUCUGGAAGACGCAGGCAGAGUACGCCUUUAAAAAAACAGUGAUGAAGAAAGGAGGCCUUGAAAUCCCCAAGAGCAAAGAGAUCUCGCUUGGAGAAUGGAAGGACCUGGGGAACGCCGAGGCGGGGCACUCGUACACCUCUGUCGAAGAGCUGAAGAACAUCUGGAUUCCCCAUUCCAUCCGGAUGAAACUGACCAAGAACAAGGAGCUGGAUGUCUGCAACUGGAACGAAAGCGAUGAGCUGAGCUCGUCCGAUGACCAGGACUCCACGUACAUGUACAACCUGAUGGCCACCGUUGCCCACAUUCUGGACCCCCGCACUGGGGGCAGCCUGGUGGGGCACAUCAAAGUUGGGGAGACGUAUCACCAAAGGAAAGAGGGGGUCACGCACCAGCAGUGGUAUCUCUUCAAUGACUUCCUCAUUGAGCCUGUGGACAAGUGCGAGGCGGUGCAGUUUGACAUGAGCUGGAAGGUGCCUGCCAUCCUGUACUACGCCCGAAGGAACCUCCACGCCAAGUACAACCUGACCAUCAAGAACCCGAUCGAGGCCAGCGUGCUGCUGGCCGAGGCGUCCCUGGCUCGCAAGCAGCGCAAGUGCCACGCCACCUUCAUCCCGCUCAUGCUGAACGAGAUGCCCCAGGCGGGUGACCUGGUGGGGCUGGACGCCGAGUUCGUCACGCUUAACGAGGAAGAGGCCGAGCUGCGCAGCGACGGCACCAAAUCCACCAUCAAGCCCAGCCAGAUGUCCGUGGCCAGGAUCACGUGUGUGCGAGGCCAGGGCCCCAAUGAGGGGAUUCCCUUCAUCGACGACUACAUCUCCACCCAGGAGCAGGUGGUGGAUUACCUGACCCAGUACUCGGGAAUCAAGCCGGGUGACCUGGAUGCCAAGAUCUCCUCCAAGCACCUCACCACACUCAAGUCCACCUACCUGAAGCUGCGCUUCCUCAUUGAUGUCGGGGUGAAAUUCGUGGGCCACGGGCUGCAGAAGGACUUCCGGGUCAUCAACCUCAUGGUGCCCAAGGACCAGGUGAUCGACACUGUGUAUCUGUUCCACAUACCGAGGAAGAGGAUGAUUUCUCUGCGCUUCCUUGCCUGGUACUUCCUGGACCUGAAGAUCCAGGGUGAGACUCAUGAUAGCAUUGAGGAUGCCCGGACGGCCCUGCAGCUCUACAGGAAGUACCUGGAGCUGAGCAAGAACACCACAGAGCCGGACGACUUCCGCAAGGUGCUCAAGGGCCUCUACGAGAAGGGUCGCAAGAUGGACUGGAAGGUGCCUGAACCAGACAGCCAGAGUAGCCCCAAAAAUGCUGCAGUGUUCCCGGCCGUGCUAGGGCUCUGACCUGGCGAGACCCCGCUCUGCCCCCCUGCGUGUUCUCUGCUACCGCCCAGCCCUGGGCCCCGACCGGUCUGUGACCACAGAUCACACAGAAAACAAAUGCGGAUUUCAAAACAAGGGACGAGGCUGGUUUUCAGCUGGCAGCCAGGCGCACCCCGGGGACCCUGACACCUGCUCCUGUCCCAGCCCUGGCUGCAGGGGCACCACGGGCUACCUGCUGGCCAGGAUCCCCCUUCACAGUCAGUCACUGCUGGGAUGGCUUCAGAAGGCCACAUCUUCCUCCAAGUCUGCCAGCUGCCCCAUCGGCCUUCCAAGCAGGGACAGCUGUUGGUGCGUCUCUUUCACCAUCACAUGUGCCACUUCACAAGUGUCGUGGGGCCAUCGGCCCGUCUCCUGCGGUGCUCCGGCCAAGCACCAGGCCCCUGGGCUUCGGGGUAUUUUAGAUAAAAGCUGCGUGAAGCAGGGAGGGUUGAGGAUUGGCCUCCCGAAUUUGCCUUGGGUGUAUCGCUGUCAUCUCAUUGCCAGCCUGUUGCUUUGCUGAGGGGUGGAUUGUUGAGGCAGGCCUGGCUGGCUAAACUCUCCUGGCACGUUAAUGCCAGCAGGACCAGAGCUGCAGGGCACGUUCCCGGACUGCGACCGGCCCCAGCCCAGUGCCCGCUCCAGUGAUAAUGUCAAGUGGACGAGUGGCAGGACGAAGACGCCCUGAACUCGCAUUGUCCCAAGAGGCACUGACAUGCAGGGAUGCCGGGCUGUGCCAGGAAGCCAGAGCAGCAGCGUGACGGUCUGCUCCAUCCACGCUGGGCUGGCAGGAUCACGCGUAGAUCCCAGCUGGGGCUUGGCCCUGGGAUCAGUGGAGUCGCCCCCUUUGCACUCUCUGGUCUUUUUAACUCCCCUCUCCCCUGUAUUCUGCGAGGGCUGAGGUGCGCUCGGCCAUCUCUGGCAUGUACCAAAUUCAUAAAGUGGCCAGCCGGUGCCUUCAGCAUCU